AUGAGUAAAUUGCUGUUCAUUCGAAACAUUCGUGGCUUAGACGAACCUUCUCUUCGACAGAUUAUUAACAGUAAGAAUUUGCCUUGUGGUACUAUAAUGUUUAAGUCUGGUGGAGCAUGUGCAACAGUUGACUUUAUGGAACCGUCCACUGCCGAGUAUGCUCUGACACAGCUCAACGGUAUGCCGCUCCAAGAUCAAACCCUUGCUGUAGAACCUUACAAUGGCUUGCACAGUCAAAUGGUGAAAAAAGCAAGUUCGAACCCGGUGCACUGCGUAGUUAUGACCCCGAACGACAUGGACCAGAGUCAACAGCAGGCCAACCAGGGUAACACUCAAGAUUACAACGGUUACGCGUUCGGCCAACCGAGCUCUCAAUUCCAACCGAGACAGCCGGCCGUCCAAAGCGCCAACAAGAUCGUGAUCAGCAACGUGCCCAGCGGCGUUCGAUUCGAACAGUUGGAUCAGAUACUAUUGCAAUUUGGCCAGGUCAAAGACAUCGAGAAGCUCAGCCAACGCGAUGGACCAACACAGGUCAUACAGAUUACGUUCGAAUCCACCGAACAAGCACACAAUGCAUUAGCUAAUUUGCCAGGCUUAGAGCUUGAGGGUUGCCAGAUAAAAGUUGAACCAGCUAUGGAAAGGAGAAAUCGUAGUGCUAUAAGACAAAGGACCUAUGGAGCUCCUGGCGCUACUCCUACUAUUGGGAACAGACAAACAGAGUUCCCGUUACGUAUACUAGUGCACAGCGAUAUGGUUGGUGCAAUUAUUGGCCGAGGUGGUUCUACAAUCAGACAAAUAACACAACAAACCAGAGCCAGGGUUGAUGUUCAUAGAAAAGAUAAUGUUGGGUCCUUGGAAAAAGCUAUAACAAUCUAUGGUAAUCCAGAAAAUUGUACUAACGCAUGUCGCAAAAUUUUGGAGGUCAUGCAACAAGAAGCUACUAACACAAAUAAAAGCGAUGUGAUUCUGAAGAUCUUAGCUCAUAAUAAUCUGAUCGGUAGAAUAAUCGGAAAGGAGGGUAAUACGAUCAAGAGAAUUAUGUCUGAGACUGAAACGAAAAUUACUGUAUCUAGCAUAAAUGACAUCAACAGCUUCAACUACGAAAGGAUAAUUACUGUCAAAGGCUCAAUAGAGAAUAUGUCUAAAGCAGAGGCUCAAAUUAGCGCAAAGCUCAGACAGAGUUUUGAAAAUGAUCUACAAUCGAUGGCUCCUCAAACUGUUAUGUUCCCUGGACUUCAUCCAAUGGCAAUGAUGUCAGCAACAGGUAUAACUUAUCCAGGCCGCGGUGGUCCAACUAGUUAUCAACAAUUUGCACCAGCACCAUAUCCUCCCAUGUAUCCUUCUACCAUUCCGCCAAUUAACCCAGCUCUAGCUGCAGAUGUACAGGAAACAGCAUUUUUGUUCAUACCAAACAGUGCCGUUGGUGCUAUAAUUGGUACUAAGGGUUCUAAUAUUCGUAGUAUGAUAAGGUUUAGUGGUGCAUCAGUCAAAGUUGCAUCCACAGAAAAUGAAAAACAAGGAGUAGUAGGUAGCGCAGGUGAUGCGAACAGUGCACAACAAGCUAGCCGAAAAGUGACAAUUGUUGGUACAGCUGAUUCCCAGUGGAAGGCUCAAGGUAUGAUAUUUGACAAAUUACGGGAUGAAGGUUUUGUCCCAAACAAUGAAGAAGUCAGAUUGACUGUAGAAAUAUUGGUGCCUAGUAGCCAAGUUGGUCGCAUAAUUGGUCGCGGUGGAUCCAAUGUUAGAGAAUUGCAAAGAGUAACUGGAUCCAUAAUUAAACUGCCAACACAAGGAUCAACUGAUGGUACUGAAGAUACUACCACAGUACACAUUAUUGGUCACUUUUUGGCUACGCAAUCGGCUCAAAGGAGAAUCCGUUCGAUGGUUGCAUCUGGAGCAAAUCCAGUGCCACGUCCACAACAACGCAACAGCAGACCCACAGAAACACCACAACAGUUAACACAUUGA